AAAGUAUUUUCAAUAACAUUUGGUGAAAACGUGUCAUUCAGUACAAACUGUUCCGCAACGUAGCAAACUUUCAAGCGAACUGAACGCACCAUAGGAUGCCUCGAGGUGUCAGGUUAGGAGAGGUUUUUGGGCGUAGCCACCUGUGCAGGUACAAAUACGGAAGUUCCCAACUACUAGAUUUGACUCAGAUAUCAGUCAACAGCCAAUGCUACCAAAUCAAUAGAUUUGAUUUGACUUCAACAGUCAGGACAUUGCAAUGCAGCGUAACACAUUUUUUUAGGAGCGCAAAAGGACUUCAGUAGGGCCCAUAUGGCCGAACAGCUACCCGUACCGACUACUACAUCCAGAGCUUCACCUACUGACAAAAUGUAUUCAGGCGAUUCAAAAGGAACCGUCCAGGGAGGAGGAUUCGGCGAGCGCACUGUCCCGGGAAGCACGGGGACGUUGAGCCCGAGCGUGGUCAACCAACUCUUGAUGGAAUUUCUGAUGUACUUCGGGAGAGCGCUAUUGGUCUUUUAUCCUGUGUAUUUGACAGGGUACCUCGGCCUCAGCGUCAUCUGGAUCCUCUUGUGUAUGAUGCUGAUCAUUUGGUGGAAGAAAAACCGCAAGUGGAAAGAUAUCCGAAUUGGAACGGCUAUGAACUUUCUGGAUAACGAAACACAAGUGAUCCACAACGAGUUGAAAACAUUGAAUAUGGCAACUUGGGUACACUUUCCCGAAGUUGAGAAGGUUGACUGGCUCAACAAGAUUUUGCUGCAGGCGUGGCCUUUCUUUGGCAUGUUCAUGGAGAAGCUCCUCAAAGAGAAGAUCCAGCCAUCCAUCAGAUUGUCCAGCCCAUACCUCAAAACAUUCACCUUCACAAAAGUCCACUUUGGUCAUACACCCCUCCGAAUCACUGGACUUAAAGUGUACACCCAUGAAGUGGACAAGAGGCAGGUGGUUAUGGACCUUCACAUAAGUUACGAUGGGGAUGUGGACAUCGACACAGAGGUGAAGCCGCCCAUCACUGCUGGGGUCAAAAGUAUUCGGCUUCAAGGCAUGUUGCGUGUCAUUCUGGAACCUCUGAUUGGAAAUGCCCCGUUGGUGGGAGGAGUCACUAUGUUCUUCAUUCGUCGGCCGACCCUACAAAUCAACUGGACAGGGUUGACCAACCUCCUAGACACUCCAGGUCUAAGUCACCUGUCUGAGCCAGCCAUCAUGGACAUCAUCGCUUCCCUUAUGGUCCUGCCCAACCGCAUGUGUAUCCCCCUCAUAGACCAGGUCAAAGUGGACCAGAUGAGGUUCCCCCUGCCUCGUGGAGUUGUGAGGGUACACUUGCUGGAGGCCCGGGAUCUGAUAGCGAAGGACACUUAUAUGAUGGGAAUGGUGAAGGGCAAGUCUGACCCCUACGCGGUGCUUAGGGUCGGCAAUAUCCACUUCCAAAGCAAGACCAUCCAGGAGAACCUGCACCCACGCUGGAACGAAGUUUAUGAGUUUGUGGUACACGAGGCCCCUGGGCAGGAGUUAGAGGUGGAUGUGUUUGACGAGGACACUGACAAGGAUGACAUCCUGGGAAAGUUUCGCUUGGACUUUGGAGAAGUGAAGAAGGAAAAAGAGAUGGAUAAGUGGUUCCCCCUGGAUGAUGUGACGAGUGGAGAGGUUCAUCUCAAACUGCAGUGGCUCUCUCUACAAACUGACCCGGGACUCCUAGUGGAGAAAUCUGAUGGCUGUGCUUGUGCUAUGCUUGCUGUGUACCUAGACAAUGCCUCAAAUCUACCAAAAGACCACAGUGAGUUCAGCCACUUUAAAAAGGAUGGGAAGCACGCCAAAGAUGCCAGGUUCACAAGGAGACACAACAAUCCAAACUCUUAUGUGGAGUUCUCCAUUGAUGAACAGAAUCUGAAAAGCAAGGUGGUGUUUGCAUCCAAAGACCCUGUGUGGGAGGAGUGCUUUACCUUCUUUGUGCACAGCAUAACAAACCAGCGACUGAAUAUUCAGGUAUACAACCCUCAUGAUAAAGUCAAAGAGCACGAUAAGAAGACGUUACUAGGCACACUCAAUGUGCCCCUCAGCCGGCUCCUCAACACGUCAGAUAUGACCUUGGACCAGCGCUUUCUGCUGGAGCGCUCUGGGGCCAACAGCCAGAUCAAGAUGAAGGCCACUCUCAGGAUCCUGACCCUGGAGAAACCAGAACCAAAGAUCAUUCUCAAUCCUCCACCUCAUCCUCAGCCCCAGCCCUUACAAAACCCACCCACCACAUCUCCUACUCCUUCUCCCUCCCCGUCCCCCUCAUUUUACACCACCCCUACUGCUGCAGCUCUGAACAGUUCCACCAAUGGGUUCCAUGGAGAUUACGUGCGCGACCUCCACGGGUCUUUCCUGGCCGCCGACGGCCGGAGGACAGUCCCUUCCACCCCAGCACACAUUCGGCGCUUCGACUCCCAAAGCCUCCUGUCGGAGAACUCCAUCGCCUCAUCCCGUUUUGACUUGACUGAAGGGGCCCCCUAUCCUGACUACAUCAUGAACCACCAGGGGACCUUUGGGGAGAUACAGCUGACAGUGCGCUAUGUCACCCUGAGGAGCCGUCUCAUCAUCCUGGUCAACUCCUGCAGGAACUUGUUUGCCUGCAGCAAGGACGGCUCAGAUGCUUACGUCCGCCUUUACCUCCUCCCCGACCAGUCCUGGAAGCAUCGCAUGAGAACACAGGUGAAGAAGAAGACGGUGACUCCUGUCUUCAAUGAGAAGUUUGAGUUUGACAUGUCCCUGGAGGAAGCGGGGACUAGGAAGCUGGACGUGGCGGUCAAAAACAACCGGAUGUUCCACACGCGGGAGAGGAAAGAAAUUGGAAUGGUACUAAUAGAUCUUUCUCAGAUGGACCUGGUAAAAGGUUUCACAGAAUGGCAAGGAAGGCUCCAAGAUCCUGCUGCUUCCUCAGUGCGCUGACAUCCUUUUUCCUCCCUGGGCACAUGUUCUCCUUCCUCCCUGUGACCUGAGUGAUGCCAAUGCAGCUGCUAAGGGUACAAGUAGCUCACCACGCAUCAACACAGGCAAGGAAGGAUCCAAGAUGCUGCUGCUCCCUCCCUGAGCACGUACCUUCUUUCUCCCUGUGUGACCUGAGUGAAGCUUAAUGCAUCUACUCGGGUUGCAAGUACAGUAGCUCAUCAAACAUCAACGCAGGGAAAGUCCUCCUUCCUCCCAGGGUGAGCGUCCUCCUUCCUCCAAUGUUUGGUAUUUUAUUAGGAUCCCAAUUAGCUGUUGCAAAAGCAAACAAUGACAUAAUAUAGAACAUUAAUAGACAAGAACAGCUCAUGGACUCAAGGACUCCAUCAAUAAAAAAACAACACGUCUACAUUUCAAUACACACACAAAAUAUCUAGGCCAAAUAGGGGAGAGGCGUUGUGCCGUGAUGUGUUGCUUUAUCUGUUUCUUGAAACCAGGUUUGCUGUUUAUUUGAACAAUAUGAUAUGGAAGGGAGUUCCAUACAGUAAUGUCUCUAUAUAAUACUGAACGCGUUUCUUGAAUUUGUUCUGGAUUUGGGGACUGUGAAAAGACUCCUGGUGGCAUGUCUGGUGGGGUAAGUGUGCAGGGGUCUGAAUACUUUCCGAAUGAACUGUAGAGUGAAGUCGGUAGGUAAAGGAUAUUAGUCUUUAUUUUUUCAAGUAUUCUUAUUUUGCUUGUUUCUAGUGGGGUCUUGUUGCUAUCUUGUAGCUACGUUGCCAGCUAAUAACCAGUCCCUUUAACAGCACAGACCCUCAUGAUUUUUGCAAUUAUUUAUUAUUUUGUCAAUUACUGACAAUGGAUUGUAUUCAUGUAGCACUUUCCAUUAGGUCUCAAAUCACUUUUAUCGUAUUUUGGAGUUGCCGACUCACAUGACCCAACACUAAUCCUUUACAGCUAGCACUCAACAGUUUUUAACAAUAACAUAAUACAUUUCCCAGUACUAUAAUGAGGAUUUGAAUUGUACACAGUACUUUAUGUAUUGUCACUUUGAACCCUGGGUCAUAUUCAUUAGGCACCCAAUGGAAGAAAAUGGAUUGAAACGAGGAGGGACUACCUCCAAUAUGAACUGCUUGUUUUUGUUUUCUGUUCAAAAAACGCUUGUUAAUGUUUCGAUACGUUGUGUGCUAAUAUGAUCCUGAUGUGUUCACUCAUUUCUGACUACCGACGUAUCUUAUCCGUGUGUGUGCUCAAGCAUGUGUGCGUCUUUGUGCGAGUGUUUACCUGUUUUGGACUUGGCUGUCUGAAGAACUAGAUGGGUUGUUCCAUUUCAUUUCAGCAAGCCAUGACACCCACCAUCUCAGACUGCUCUGAAGUUGUUUCUGUAGUAGGAAAAAGAUAGGAUUAGCAUUCCUGCAGCAUUAUUUUUUUUGUCAUUUGAUCUUUAAGAAAUCAAACAAGUUGAUUGCACACAAAUUGGCCAUUUUACUUCAUAGGAUUCAUAUAAUAUUCAAUAUAGUGUAUUUUGUAUCUUACAUCAGUUUUUUCGAACAAUGAGUAAGACAUGGAAUCCAAAGGAAUGGUCAAAAGCCACCUUACGGACCAUCCCACGCCAAUCCCAACCCAGCAAGUAUACAGUAUCCGGUCUCUAUUUCUGAAAAGUAGUAUGGAGCUGCGGCUCGGAGUAUUGUUUCUUGAUUGUAUGUUAUGUACUGUAUUUUCAGUGAAUAUAGUGAUGUUUUUUUUCCCCUGUUCAGAGAAAUUAGUAAUUGAGGUUAGGUUUAUGUUCCGUCUGACAUCCUGAUAUUACCAUGUUCUGACCACCUAGAUGGUGCUGUUGCUGCAAAAACGAUUUCAGAACAAUGUGAGAUGGUGGGUGUAAAAAUAAUUUAUUUUGCUUUUUGAGGUGGAACGACCCUAUAGCUAUGUAAAGGAUGAGAGGCUAGUCUGGUUAUGGCGGCCCCACAUGUUUAAAUAAGCACCGGCCCCUGUUGUUGCCCUUGACACACACACACACAACAAUAGUUCUACCCUAGAGAUUCUCCAAAGGGUAAUUGGCGUCCUCAGCAGAACCGAAAUGAAACGCAUCAAUGUCAGCCCAGCGUCCUCCAGAAACCCGGCUGACUGCACCAUCAAAUAGAAAUGAUGGAUUUUGUCUCUGCCGGGUGAAGUCACAAAGAAAAUGAGGUUACAAAGGGAGAGCCUACAGUCUCAAUGUCUUUUUGUGUCGUUUGGGACUGUGUGGUGUGAUGUUACUGUAUGUGUACAGAGAGAAGGGAGGUUUUUAGAGAAAUGACCAUUGAUGAAAUGAGGCCUAUUUGUUUACACUCAGGAGAGUGGAGGGGCAAUUUGUCAAAGUAGCAAUCAUACCAGCAUCAAUGAAAGUGCUACCUCAAUACAAGCUCAAUCAAAACAACUUUAUGGGGGAGCUGUGUUUCUAAAAUAAAUAGCUGACAGCAUUACGCAUCAACAACAAUAAUAUGUUCUUGUUUGUGGCAGUUUACGAUUUCAGAACAUGUUUUUGCUUCACACUCUUUUAGUGUCUCCCUUGGUGGCCUCGGGUUAAAAAAAGUAUAGACAUUUUUUUUAUCAUGAUUAUGUGCAUAGGUCUCAAUCAAGAUAUGACUAAUGCCUAAUAAACACAGUUAACCCACUGUG